GGUGAAUGAGAACACACUUUGUCACUGAAGUCUGGCAGGCCUAAACAGUGUCACAGCUACUAAACCAGGUCUCUCUGUAAGACUGAAGCAUAAGCUGAAAACUUCAGAAAGGAAAGGACAUUAACCAUUCAUCUAGUAACAGUCCGCUUGGAUCACAUACAACAUCUCUGCACUGGAUCAUGGUCCUUCAGGCCAGCAGUGUCAUGAGUAUCCCAGCUUCAGUGAGUGUUGACAACCAAUUACCUGCUUCCUGGACAACCCACUACAACUGCUCUGAUGUUUCCAUGGUGACAUCUGCUUACACGGGUCGGCUAUGGUCUCAGGAUCUUCAUCCACAGAAUUGGUCCAAGUAUCAGGUCUGGGAGUGGCUCCAACAGACACUGGACAUGCACCAAAUCGAGGCCACCAGCAUUCCCUUCCAGAACUUUGACUUGGAUGGAAGGCAGCUUUGCUACAUGAGCUACCAAGACUUCACCCGGGCGGCCGGAUCCGUAGGCCCCAUCCUAUACCAAAGCCUCACUGAUCUCAAGUGGAACAGUCAGUAUGGCCCAACAGAUAUGUUUUCACCAGGGGAUAUUAAAACAGAAAUAGAUGCAGACUUCCCAUGUUCAAUUCUCCCCUUCAAGGAAGAGUCCAGUUUUUACAGCACUUCAGAACUAUUUGAUAUCAGAAGCUCAUUCCAGCCCAACACAAUGUUGGCCUCACCAGCUCCAUCAAGUCCAGAUCCCAAGAGGUCGCAUAAUCGCUCUCAAGUCAAAAGACACAAUCCACGUGGAACGCACCUGUGGGAAUUUAUUCGAGAUAUUCUGCUGAAUCCGGAGCGUAACCCCGGCUUGAUCAAAUGGGAGAAUCGCUCCGAGGGGGUUUUCCGUUUUCUCAAGUCGGAAGCCGUGGCUCAGCUUUGGGGCAAGAAGAAAAAUAACAGUAGUAUGACCUACGAGAAACUCAGUCGAGCGAUGAGGUAUUAUUACAAACGAGAGAUCCUGGAGCGAGUGGAUGGACGAAGACUCGUCUAUAAGUUCGGCAGAAAUGCUCGAGGAUGGAGAGAAUCGGAGAAGUGAAGGACUUUUUGUGUGAAUUUCUUCACAUGUAGCUUCCAUGUGAAACCCUUUAUUUAUUACAUUAUGUCCAUUCCAAUUUUUUUUUUUUUUUUUUUUUUUUUUUUAGAGGGACUGUGCUGUGAUGUUUAUAAUAAUUGUGUACUUGUCUGUAAGAUUGUUGACAUUAUUUCAUUUUCUUGCUUUUAUUUUUCAUGAAAACUGCCAGCUUUUCAAAGUGUCUUUAAACAUUAAGGGCAAUUUAGACUGGACGUGUUUUUGCUUUAAAUAUAAUCAAAGCAGAGUGCAAUGAGUAAAACAGAAUGCAGGUGUUUUGAGAAAUGUUUUUAAAAGCUGAAGUUUAACUGCAGCACUCAUGCAUGAGAUGCUGAAAAAACAGCGAGACGUGGCGCAAUGGUCUACAUCGUCCAUCUAGCGUAUGUUUAAAUAGAAAAACAAUUUAAAAAAAAAAAACAGCACAGAAGAAAGCAAAAAUGUGUUUGGUGUGAACAGCCCCUUACUUUGGUCUUUAUGAACUUUCUUUAUUGCCUAAGAGAAAAAAAAAAAAACGUUGGCUCUUUUCAAUACUUUGUUUAAUUUAACACUGUUUUAUAGUAGCACUGUUUAUAUGGAUUUUUCUGUGAAAUUGAAAUGUAACAAUCUGCAUCUAUACUGCGUAAGGCUGUUUGAUCAUUAACAUGUAGUCAUUAACUUGUUUUAUACAGAAGAUUGCCCAAUGGUGCUCCACAAAUAUGUUCCAUUGGAUUUUCAACAAGUUUUGCUUUUAAAUGGUUUCAUUUGACUUGAAAACAACCAGGGUCCAGUUCAAGUAGAAUGAACUAUUGCAAUUUAGAGUAGACCCUAAUCACAGUUACAAGUCACCAGAUGCAGAUGCUUCAUAGCAGCAGAAAGAAGCUGCUGAACCUGUAGCAUAUUGAUGUCUUAUUUUUUAAAGGUUUUGAUGAUUUUGGUAGAAUGUAAAGCUUGCUUUUGUUUUUUAUGCUGUACAUAGGCUGUAAGUUUUAUAACUGAAGUUUUAAUAGCACUAAUAAAAGUUUUUGAACU